GCAAUUUGGUUAGGUUAGGUUGAACCAAAACAGAUACCUUCUGUUUCUUUCUCACAGUUCAAAUCAAAACCCAUUUUUCCUUCAAUAUUUUCUUCUCUUUCUUUUUUUCCUUUCUUUCUCAUUAACUGUGUACAUUUUUUACCGAUGAGAAAGCAUUUGCAACCUAAAUUGGUUAAUCCAAAGCCCUUAGAUAAAAAAUUACUUUGUUUGCUCCCAUUUUAAUCCAUUACUAACAGAUUUUAUAAUUUUACAAAAUAAUGCUUACUUGUAACCUUUUUAGUAAACCUUUUAUGUCUCGUUUCUUCUAACCAUGAUCAGUUAACCAAUUUCCAUGAUUGUCUUGGUUUAAGCAUGAUCAGGUUCUUCUUGGAUAAAACCAAAGACAAUUGAAAUAACUCAAAAAGAGUCUAAACAAACGAAAAAAUUUGACAACAAAAAAAUAAAAGUAACCAGUUGGAAGCAGACACCAGUACAUAGUCACCCAAAAGUCAACCAUGUCUUCGGUAAAAGUAGCAGUAAGGGUACGACCCUUCAAUAAUCGUGAAAUUGGCUACAAAUGUCGAUGUAUUAUUGGAAUGAAUGGACAAACAACAACAAUUACAAAUCCAAAGAUACCUGAUUCGGAUAAAAGUUUCAAUUUUGAUUACUCAUAUUGGUCACACAAUCCAUCGGAUCCUAAUUUUGCAUCCCAAGAAAAGGUUUACAAAGAUAUUGGUGAAAAAAUGUUACAACAUGCAUUUGAAGGAUACAAUGUUUGCAUAUUUGCUUAUGGACAAACUGGAGCUGGUAAAAGUUAUACAAUGAUGGGAACCAAGGAGGAAGAGGGUGUAAUUCCUCAUAUCUGUCGUGAUCUUUUUCAUCGCAUUUUAUCUGAUAAUGAUGAGAGUGCCAUGUAUUCGGUGGAAGUUUCAUUCAUGGAGAUUUACUGUGAACGUGUUCGUGAUCUGUUGAAUCCUAAAAUCCGGUCAUCUCUACGUGUUCGUGAACAUCCUGUUCUUGGUCCAUAUGUUGAAGAUUUAUCAAGACUUGCAGUCACCUCAUAUGAAGAUAUUAGGGAAUUAAUGGAUGAAGGCAACAAAGCAAGGACUGUUGCCGCAACCAAUAUGAAUGAAACGAGCAGUCGAUCUCAUGCAGUGUUUACUAUUAUUUUUACUCAACAAAGAACUGAUUCUAUCACAGGUUUGGAAGCUGAGAAAGUGUCCAAAAUAUCGCUCGUUGAUCUAGCUGGAAGUGAACGUGCUGAUUCAACUGGAGCUCAAGGAACGCGGUUAAAAGAAGGCGCAAAUAUCAAUAAAUCAUUAACUACAUUAGGCAAAGUUAUUUCAGCAUUAGUUGAAAUGUCAGCAACUAAGAAAAAGAAGAAAGGUGAACAUAUUCCAUAUCGAGAUUCUGUUCUAACUUGGCUUUUGCGUGAAAAUUUGGGAGGUAAUUCAAAGACGGCAAUGAUUGCAGCCAUUAGUCCAGCAGAUAUUAAUUAUGACGAAACAUUAAGUACAUUACGUUAUGCUGAUAGAGCUAAACAAAUUGUAUGCAAAGCAAUUAUUAAUGAGGAUGCCAAUGCAAAAUUGAUACGUGAAUUAAAGGAAGAAAUAGCAAAAUUGAAAGCGUUGCUUAAAGCUGAAGGAUUAGAUGUUAGUGAAGAUUCAAAUCAAGUCGAUGUACAAUCUGUUAAAAGGCGAACCGGUUCGGUGUCACAAGUUGGCGAGACUGCAAUUGAACAGCUUCAAGAGUCGGAAAAGUUAAUGUCCGAAUUGAAUGAAACCUGGGAAGAAAAAUUAAAACGAACCGAAAAAAUUAGACUUCAAAGAGAGGCAGUUUUAAAUGAGAUGGGAGUUGCAACUCGUGAGGAUGGUGAUACAGUGGGACUGUUUUCACCGCAACGUACGCCUCAUCUGGUCAAUUUAAAUGAAGAUCCUCUUAUGUCCGAGUGUCUAAUCUAUUACAUCAAAGAUGGUUUCACUCGUGUGGGUCGAUCUGAUGCUGAAAUACCGCAAGAUAUUAAACUUCAUGGAAGUCACAUUGGAGUUGAACAUUGUAUAUUUGAGAAUCGACAUGGCAAAGUAACAUUAAUGCCAAUCCGAGAGUCACUUUGUUAUGUUAAUGGAAUGAAGGUUGACAAGCCUGUUGAACUUAAAACAGGAUCCAGAGUAAUUUUAGGAAAAUAUCAUGUUUUUCGCUUUCAACAUCCUGAACAAGCACGAUUACAACGUGAACCCAAACCCAAAGAGAUUGAAGUUGACCCGGAAAAGAAUGGAUUAAAGCUUGUUGAUUGGAGUUUUGCUCAACUGGAACUAUUAGAGAAACAAGGAAUUGAUCUCAAACUGGGAAUGGAGAAAAAGUUGGUUGCACUUGAGGAACAGUUUAAGAAAGAGAAAGAAGAAGCUGACAUGUUUUUCGAGCAACAACGAAAAGAUUAUGAGGCUAAAAUUGAAAGUCUACAAAGACAGGUUGAUGAGCAGUCAAUGACUUCAUCGUCCGCUUGUAUUUCAAUGGUAACCUCUAUGGUAACCUCAAUACUACCAGAUGAAGAAGCAACCGAAGAUGUUUUCAGUGAAGAGUCCAAUUGGACCGAUGAACAAUACAGCAUAGUGAGUGUAUCUUUCAACAAAUGGAAAUAUCAUCAAUUUACAAGUCUUCGAGAUGAUUUAUGGGGAAAUGCCAUCUUCUUGAAAGAAGCUAACGCCAUUUCGGUUGAGCUAAAAAAGCGAGUGCAAUUUCAAUUCGUGCUUCUCACCGAUACAUUAUAUUCACCGUUACCAGCUGAUUUAACCUCAGCCUCUGAUUAUGAUGAAAUUUACGAUGGGGAAUCAAGAGAAGCUAGUCCAAGAACAUUUGUGGCAGUUGAAGUUUUAGACACAAAAAAUGGAGCAACCCAUUAUUGGUCUUUGAGUAAAUUAAGGCAACGAUUGGAGCUUAUGCGUCAUAUUUACUAUCAUUAUUUUGAUGAUAUUGAGCUUGUAGCCUACCAAACCGAUUCUGAUUCAACCUCAGUUCAAUUGAUGAAAUCAUUUACCUUCUCUAAUGACGAGAUGAUGAAUCAAAUCCAGAUCGAGAACAGAAAACGUUUGGAGUUGAUGAGAGAAAUGUACAAAAACGAAGCUGAAAUGUCACCAACAUCACCAGAAUGUAACUUCGAACCCAGUUCAACUGGAGGUGAUCCAUUUUACGAUAGAUUCCCCUGGUUUCGAUUAAUUGGAAGAGCAUUUCUUUACAUUUCCAAUCUAUUAUUUUCAGUAACUUUAGUCCAAAAAGUUCCCAUUGUAACUGAAAAAGGUGAUGUUAAAGGUUUCCUUAGAGUUGCUAUACAACCAGUCACUGAUGAUGAUGAUUCAACAAAUGUACCUGACAUUGGAUCUGCUUCAUUAAACAUCAAACAAUCAGCAAGAAUUGAAUUUGAUCCUGAUGAUCCCAAACUACUUAGCCUUAAGCAAAAAUGGACCCAACCUGCGGGUUCAAAGGAUUUUAAUAUACCUAAUUUACUAAAAUUUAUUAAUGAUCCCGAGUUGAGUGAAUCGAACAAUAACAAUAAUGACGAUGAAGAUGGCGGUGAUAAUAAUGAAUGUCCAGAUUCGAACAAUAAUAAGCAAAUUUCAGUAAUAAAUGGUGACAAUAAAGCAUGGUCUAAAUUUAGUGAUCAUAUCAAAUUGGGCAAAGAUUUUACCUUUCGUGUUAUAAUUUUACAAAUAAUUGAUGUUGGUAAAGAGUAUGAAGACAUUUUGUGCCGAUUCAAUUUCCUUCAUCGACGUGAUGAACCCUUUUUAACUGAAUCAAUUAAAAAUACUGGAAAAGGUCCACCUCCGGGUUUCUUCAGGAUACAAAACAUAACAAUUCAAGUUACUCAAGAGUUUAUUGAUUAUCUUCAAUCUUAUCCGCUUGUUUUUGAAGUUUUUGGUCACUAUCAACAUCAUCCACUUCAUAAAGAAUCAAAGGAUGUCAGGGAUUUCAUUCCAGCAAUACAAAAUCAUGAUUCAGUUCGUCAACCUCCUCGUCGUAUGUUUCCACAAUUAAUUCCAGUCUCUCAACCUAUUCGAUCAAAAAGAUGCUCUUUAUUGAAUGCAUCGCCAAGCUCAGCUCAUAUUCAUGCCAAAUACGAUUUAUUAGUAUGGUUUGAAGUCUGUGAGUUAACACCCACUGGUGAAUACAUUCCCGUGGUUGUUGAUCACCACGAUGAUACACCUUGUCGAGGUACAUUACUCCUUCACCAAGGAAUCCAACGUCGUCUUAGGAUCACAGUUAUACAUGAAGAUGAUCCAGACAUUGUUUGGAAAGAUAUUCGGGAAUUGGUUUUGGGGCGAAUACGAACAAGUGUCGAUUAUCCAGACAAUUUUGAUGAUGAAGAAGAUGAAUCAGUUUUAUCUCUUAGUUUGUUUUCAAUUGAAUUUCUUGAAAAAAUGGAUGGUCGAUCAGUUUGUCGAUUUGAAGCUGCUUGGGAUACUUCACUUCACAAUUCAGAUUUAAUGAAUCGAGUUACACCGACUGGUGAACGAAUCUAUUUAACUUUAUCUGCUUAUCUUGCGUUGGAAAAUUGCAAUCAAUUAGCUAUCAUAACAAAAGAUUUAUGUCUAAUGAUUUAUGGCCGAGAUGCUCGAACUCUUCCUAGAUUGGCUCCAAAUACCAAGGCUCUUCGUCACUUGAUCAGUGGAGCUUACAAGAACGCUGAUUGUAAUCAUGUUUCCGCUGUUUAUGAGUUAACUCUCAAACGAGCUGUUGAUUGUGGGUCUCCUGGAGUGAAAAGACGUCAAAGACGAGUCAAUGAUACUUCAGGGAUUUACGUUCGAGGCGAAGAAAAUUUGAACGGUUGGCAGCCCAGAGGAGAUUCAUUGAUAUUUGAUCACCAAUGGGAACUAGAGAAGAUAAAGAGACUUGAACUAACUGAGAAAGUUAGACAUAUCUUAACAGUUCGUGAGAAGCUUGAGAAAAAUUCAAGUCAACCUGAAAUACUUUCUUGUGGGUUAACAGCCAGUGGAAGUCGUAUGAACCUUGCAGCUCUAGCAGCAAGUGCUAGUCCAGCAACAACUCCUGUUACCGAUGAGGCCGUUUAUAAACUCUGGGAAAUGUCUUCAAGAGAAAAAGAAUUGUGUCAAAAGUGUGUCAAUUUAAUCCAAUCGCAUAUACCAUCGAAACCAAGUCCACAUCCAGUGAAAAAGGCUUCCCUUGGAACUCCAAGUGGCGAUGAAUCAGACCUUUGCUCUUCAACUCAUUCUAGCCCUGAGUUAUUAUCACCUGAAAAACCAAUCAACCCAGGUGAUUGGUCACAAAGAAAUAGUGUUACUCCAGACAAGGACAGAGAUGCUUUAAAUCUGCUCGAUCCCGCUUUGAAACCUUUAUUUGUCCCUGAAAUUGAAGAAAUACGAUUAAGUCCAGUUAUUUCUAGAAAAGGGUCAAUUCUAUUGUCGGAUGAGAAAUCAGCUAAAUCAGUUAAACGUUGGGCAAUUGUUCGUCGUCCUUACCUUUUCAUUCAUUUUGACGAACGUGAUCCAAUUGAAAGAGCGAUAAUAAAUUUGGCAACAGCAAAUAUUGAAUAUCCUGAAGAUUUGAAUGAUGUAAAACAAUGUCGAUCCAUUUCAAUUGAAACCAGACAUAGAACCUUCGUUCUUUAUAGUUCCAAUGAGAAGGAGCUUCACGACUGGCUUUAUGCUAUUAAUCCGCUUUUAGCUGGUCAGAUAAGAUCAAAAUGUCCAAGAAAUUCAGUUUUAUUUGGUACAGUAGAUUCCACUAACAAUCAAGGACAAUGUUACCUUUAGAUUAACAAUUUAAAAGUAAACACACAGUGAUCAUCUUGGACAGUACAGUAGCCUCAAUGAUAAUGACACUUUAGAUAAUGACUUGCGAUUGGAAAUACUUAGUGAAUCAAUUAUUAUCUCAAUCAUUAAUAUAAUCAAAGAGUUCAAUCAAAGCAAUCGUCAAUCGAUUCAUAAUGUAAAAUUAAAAGCAAGACUUGCUGUUGAUCGGAUCCCAAUAAUCAAAUUGUUACAUUUAUUUGUAAACUGAAAUUGUCAGCAAACAAACAACCGUCAAAGAUGUCUCAAAUAAUCUAUUUUGUAUAUAUUUUUUAUAUUUUUCUUCAUGUUUCGAUUGCAGUUUUGACUAUAGUUUGGUUCUUAUUCUCGUCCAUUUCCACAUUAACUACAAUUUUAAACUAUUUACCAGGAUGAAACCAUCUUACUGAGUGAUUUUAACUGAUUAUUUUAAUGUAUAAUUAAUUUUUUUAUUUUUGUCUUAUUGAUUGAUGAUAAUAAAUCUAGACAAAACUUUAUUGUCACAUUCGCUGUCCAAAA